UGAUACAAUGAGGAGUAGGUUUGCCCGAAACACUAUGCGUGCCAGUGGCCUUACAAGAAUGUUAAUUCAACUUAUUUUCUAUAUUCUCUGUUAACCCCCAAAGUAACUUCUUGUAAAUAAAUGAAUGAAUAGGUGGUAACGUGGCAACCCCCGCACACCAACUCCCUUGUAAUGAUAUCCGUCUCGAGCAGACCUGUACACAUCGCGAGUAGUACAAAACCCAAGCAAUUCAUUCUCGGUUCUCAAACUAAUCGGUCAUCCUGACAUUAAAGAAUGAGUGAGAGAUGUGUGGGAUGAGGAAGACAGCAGUGAGAGAGACCAUGGUGGUGGUAGUGUGGAGCCCGCGCCCGCCAGCCCUGCACGCUGGCGUCAUCUAAGGUCCCCACGACGCCUCGUCUCAGUAAACUCUCCUUACUGAGGCUCUGUAGAGUAUUUCCCGCCACCCACCAUGCUCCACGAAGCCUGCGAAAUAAUAAUCUCGCAAGAAUGCUGAAAUGGCUCUGCUGUGGGAAAUUCAAAGGUUCGCGUGACUCUAGGAAGUCGACCAGUGAAGAGGUCUUUAGUGAAGCAGAGUCAGAUGAAGAGAUAUCCAGUGAAGUGGGCUGGCUACCAAGACACGAGUCAGUCGAGGCCAGAGAUGAUGCAGAGUCUUGCACGGUCUCUCACGCUCGGGUUCCCGCCAAGAAUUCACUGGAAGAACCAAAGAAAGAGACACCAGGAGAGAUCACUAAACUUCCACAGCUGCAACAUUUACAUCAACCCAUGCCAGAUGUGCUACUCAGUUCAUCAGGAACAGUCAGUCAUUUGAAGAGCUUUAACAAUGUCGAAAACGUUAAAGAUAAUCAGGGUAAGAAUGAUGGUAUGUCAUUUGAAGAGCCGUCAGAUGUAUCGCAUUCUAAGGAGAGAACGCCUAAGGACGCCAGUAAUGUUUACACUUGCCGGGUGGAGGCAAGACCUCGACCACCUGGACCUGACCUCCGGACGCCGAGGCAAAACUGGAUGACACUUAACGAUGGAGAUAAACCAAUUUCUGAGGAAGUGAAGUGCAUGAAGAAAAGAACCUGCCCAACAGUUGAUAACUCGGAGGAACAUAAGGCUCACGUUCAGGUACAUUGUCAGCAAGAACUGAACUUUACUAAACGUACUCCUGUAGAUUUAUGGCCCAAGAAUUGUAUCCCCAACGUAAGUGAACAGGUGAAUGAAAUAGAAAUAAAAAAUGAACUGAAUGGAGGCAAGAAGCAAGUGGAUUCAUUGUGUAACCAGAGUCCUUGCGUGAAGGAUCAUAGUGCUACACACCUGCAGAGUCCUUGCGUGAAGGAUCAUAGUGCUACACACCUGCAGAGUCCUUGCGUGAAGGAUCAUAGUGCUACACACCUGCAGAGUCCUUGCGUGAAGGAUCAUAGUGCUACACACCUGCAGAGUCCUCGCGUGAAGGAUCAUAGUGCUACACACCUGCAGAGUCCUCGCGUGACGGACCAUAGUGCUACACACCCGUCAAGCUGGCCAUCUAGAGAGUCUUGUAAACAAGACAGUAAGUACGAAAUAUCUUCAACUCCUGAAUCUCAUCUCAUUUGCCCUAAGUUAUUCUGUUUAUACAAUCAAAGAGGCCAGUUAUGUAAUAUGUUCGGUAAACAGUACAUAUCGACGUAUGCAGAGAGAAUACCUGGUGUGCGAGUACCAGAACUCAUAAGAGCCGAGUGUAGGCUUGUGUGGAGGGGUAGCGUGCCUCUGCCACUCUCUGACCUCCCCGACCAAACUCCUGUACGUUUUGACGCAGUUGAGUUGCCAAAUGUGAAGACAUUCCAGGCCAUAGCUAUCUGGCAGAACACGAAACCGAACUUAAUUACUGAACCGCAUGAGGAAUCCUAUGUAUUUAUUGACAGUCGUGCACUUCCUGUAAUACGUUUUGUUUUUGAAAAUAACAUUAACUAUGUAAAAGUUAAUUAUGAUAAUAAACUAGUAAAAUCCGAGUUUACAAAUGAUGUAAUUUUCAUAGAUGAGAAUACAGCAGACACGUCAGAUUUGGUAUUGUUGGCAUCCUUGCAACCAGGUAGGGUGUUUGCCAGAGUCUGCAAGAUGGUACGAGGCGACGCUUCAGGUACUCUAACAUACACGUGCAAGUGUGUUUGGUUCGGUAAAGCACCAAAAGCAGAUCUCUUGCCCAUGGACUUCAAGAGAGGGGAAGUAUACAAGAGGGAGCCAAGUGGACUGUACAUUCGAGAGAAUGUAUUUCAGCGUCUGUGGUGUGAUGUUCCCGCCACGCUGAAGGCUGGGGAGCACGACUGUUGCCUCGUGUGUUCUGUAGAGAAAACGAAUUUAUCUCUUCCAGUGUCUAAGGAGGUGUUCUUUGUACAAAACGACAGGAUAACUUUGGUUCCUCCAUUUAUCUUUUCGGUAAAGGCACACAUACUGGAACAUGUAAAACAAAUAGGAAAGCCUGGGUGGGAAAUCCUGAUGGUUCAGCUACCUAAGAAUUAUCACGAUAUUGAAGCGAACUUGGCUUGUGCUCUGGCAACUUUACCACCCACACCGUCGCAAGAAACCCACUCAACAAAUAGUAAAUUACUCCUUCAGGAAAGAAAUAUUGAGAGUCAAAGAGUCCCUCCAAAGUCCACAUCUCUUCAUUCAAUUCGAAGUCUUCAGGAAGACGACGACGCGGGUACUGCAAGUGAACGCCAGGUACAGGCUGGAGGCCAACUUUCCCCCGUCCCACAACUACUUAUGGGUGGCGACUCAUCCGAUAAAUCUCUUUAUGAUAUUUCCAGUACUGGACCUAAUUCUGUGGUACGAGUUGAAGAUUGUAUCUGGCACUUUGGUAGUAUUUCUAAUGGAGUUGUUACACAUUUUAACAAAACUAUUCUAGUAAAUCAUGAUAAGUUCUUUGUGAACGGUGUGAGAACACUUCCAAACGAUCCGCUAGCUAAAUACUCCUCAAAAUCUGUACAAGUGAAUGCAUUCGUCCAGCCACUUCUCCAUCCGGUGGAAGUCUUAGGACGUGUUGUGACACACAAAGCUUUAGUGGCAUGGCAAGGUGAUACGCAGCUGGAAGCAGAGACACUCCUGAAAGUCCAAUCUGACACAAGGUUCCCAAAAUGGAGACACAACUAUGAUAACACACCUAUAACCAAAGAUAUACAUGUUCAGCCAAACAGACAUUUCCUAAAUGCUGGAGAUGCAAAGUGUUCCAAAACAGAGAAAUCCAGAGGAUUUAUGGACAAUAUACAACCUCUUAUAAGAUGUGUAUCUUAUGUAGGCGCUUGUACAUGGAAACGCGCGAGCAUAUCUCUUGGUAUCGUCACAAAUAGGACUAAUGUUAUUGUUGUCAAGCAUGACACCUUUUUUGUUGAUCGGGUAAGAGUUCCAACGACUGAUCCUUUGGUGAAGUUCUGCGAUGGGCGCAAGUUUGUGAAUGUUGAGGCAGCAGUAUUAUACCCAUCUCGCACUGUGCUGGGCCACACAGCAACCCACCAGGCUGUUGUGGCCUGGCAUGGCAGGAAACCUCCUGAAGCUCAAACUAUUGUCACCAAUUAUCUUAAACGAAAUCCUUCUAAAAUUCGAGGUUGCAAUAUCAGAGUAAAUGUUACCGGAUCUUGCAAGAGUUUUCUUAUGGGAGACGAAGCAAAGGACUCGAAGCCUGUGCAUCCGGAAGGCAUACUGCCAAAGGAAAGAUUCAGAGGUCGUUUUAUUCGAGAUGCAACGGGAAAAUUAACUGAAAUUAAAAAUGACUUCGGCAUUCUCAAAGUCAGUCUCAAUUUUGGCGAAGAUAAAGUGCUGGUUUAUUUUCAUAGAUCAGUAGUUUACAUACAUAAAAAUAAAUGCCGGGAUGACAAACCAUUGUAUCAACAGAUGAACAUGUCUAAUCCUAAGCAGUGGCACUGUUCGAUGCAAGAAUAUUAUGCAGUAGUUGGCGAAACAAGCGUACAGUAUAAAGCUACGUUGGUAUGGGGAGGUAAGAAACCAACAGAAGAGGACAUCCAGGUACAAACCCUCAUGAGGGUCUCGCCUGCUGAUCUCCAGAGAGCUAUGGUAGACACCUUGGACGACACACCGUCCUCCUCCCUGCCUGCAAGUGCAAGAACCAGCGGGGACUUUAGCCCUAGCAACACGAGCCCUAGCAACACGAGCCCUAGCAACACGAGCCCUAGCAACACGAGCCCUAGCAACACGAGCCCUAGCAACAAGAGCCCUAGCAACAAGAGCCCUAGCAACAAGAGCCCUAGCAACAAGAGCCCUAGCAACAAGAGCCCUAACAAUAAGAAUCCUGUCAACAAGAGUCCUACCAACACGAGCGAGCCCUUAAAGAACCCCCAGACUACCUCCACCGCUGGGGCCGGCCACACUGCCUCUACUCCUCUUAACGAAACUGAAGACGAUGCGAUGUUGGUGGAAGGAAGUGUGACAGAGCUCCAGGGGGUGAUGGGUCGACUCCAGGUAGUAGGAGGAGAGCAGUACUAUUUCAACAGGAACCACAGCUUCCUCUACGGCGUCAGAGUCCAUAGUCUGCAGCUUCAGCACAUCUUCCGCUUGGGUAUGAGUGUGAGGUGCAGACUGAAGAAGCACAGUUCUGGGCUGUGGGGGAUAGAAGGUGUGUGGGCAGGCAAGAAAUAUCCACAGGACCCGUGUGCUGUGUAUGCUCUCCUCCGUCAGUGGUGUCUGCAGCACCACCUCUCUCACCACACUCUCCAGGCUCUGCUGCACGAGGCUGGGCAUAUUGCAGAUGAGUCAACAUUAACAUUUGGAAGCUCAUCUGAAAUCACGAAUGAUAUUCCACCACAAGACUGGCUGCAGCUAAGUGAAGACUGGAUGUCACCAGACCUGUUCCCUACAACAGCAGCUGUGGAGCAGAGAGACACUGUGCAGCUGUAUGGAGAAGACUGGAUGUCACCAGACCUGUUCCCUACAACAGCAGCUGUGGAGCAGAAAGACACUGUGCAGCUGUAUGGAGAAGACUGGAUGUCACCAGACCUAUUCCCUACAACAGCAGCUGUGGAGCAGAGAGACACUGUGCAGCUGAUGGGAGACUGGAUGUCACCAGACCUGUUCCCCACAGCUGCAGCUGGGGAAGAGAAAGACACUGUAGAGCUAUGACUUAAUACUGUUAAUUUGUUCCAUGAAACUGUGUACAGUAAAAAUUGGCCACAUGUAUACAUAUCUAAUACUGUACUGUGUAAUUCUGGUAUACUAUACGAGCAUACUGCCAAUGGUGUGCACUUUAUUCAUUACAUCUCACUAGAAAUGAGAGUUUUUGAUCUGUUGGUGGAAUUGUAAUCUUUAAUACAGUUGAAUUGUAAUUCACAAUUUUUCCAAAAACAGUAUUAGUAAUUUGUUAGUACAAUAUUGUACAGAAUACAAGUGUCAUCACAGUGUAUGAAAUACCCACAUUAUCCAAAUAUUUUCAUUUGUUAGCAAGACUUUUACUUGAAAUGAGCCAUAGGUAUUGUGUCCAUAUGGAGAACUUGAACUAUGACUUGAAAAUUAACACUUAAAACCUAAUUUCAAUAAUUUAUAAUUCAUGUAGUGUAUAAUGUUCAUGUACAAUGAUAAUUCAUGAAUCCUGUUUAAUUAUAAUUAUGUAUAAUGAAGUUACAAAACUAUUCUCCUUAUAUAGUUACUGGAAAAUAAGUUACCAAGAGAAACUUUUUCCCAUUGAAACUGGCCAUAUAAAAUAAUUGUCAAACGCAUAAUUUUUGUGUCAAAAAGUACUCAUCUUUGUCUGGGUUCUUAGAGCUGCCCAUUAUUGUCACUUGCUAAUUUAUCAGAGCCUCAUUAAUAUAGUCCUUCACCGAGUCUUGAGAGUGUUUUAAAUAAAUAAUAAUAUAUAAUAAAUAAAUGUUUAUUUAGGUAACAGUACAUGUAUAGAUGCAAGAUGAGUUACAAACAGAAUGUUGGAUUUCUAGAUAGAGCAAGUACAUACUAUGUCUAAAGCCACUAAUACGCACAGCGGUUCGGGCAAGGUGUGGGGAAAAACACUUAGACUACAACUUAAAACGUUCCCAUUUUCUCUUUGUAAACGUGCGAGCAGGGCACCGCUCCAGUGCCAGCUAAGUCCGCUACGGGCUCACCAUAGCCCGUGCUACUUGGAACUUGUUCCGAGUUGCUGAAUCUAUAACAACAACAACAACAUUCUCUUUGUAACUUACCUGAGGCAUUUAUCAUAUGCUGUUAACAGUUUUAUAUAUUUUUGAAUUUAAGUGGCAACUGCUCCAUGGCGAAGCAAAACCAGUAUUGAGAUUUUGCAUGAUGUUCAGAGUAUACUACAGUAUUUCCAUGGUUCUUUAUCAAUGCCAUAAUGAACUGAAUAUGUAAUUUUAAUUAAAAAAAAAAGAGUUGUUAUUGCACUUUAAAUACAGUACUGUACUGGAAAAGUAUAUAAUAGGACAUAAUCAAUUGUGUGUAAUUAUUAUUAUUGUAUUGAUAUAGAACGCAUAAAGUUUCAAUCCACUUUGAUAAUUAAUGCAAUCUUCUUCACACUUCAGUAAUUGUUGAAAAGUUGUAAUUGUUUUAUUUUCAACACUGGUGUCCAGAAACCAGUGAAAAAUUUAUUCCUUUUACUGGGAACAGGUAGUUUGUAUUUAGGCUUAUCGAGAUUCCCCUCGGUAAUUUAAAUUCAAAUUCAAAUUCAGAUGUUUAUUCAGGUAAAGUACAUACAUACAAGGGGUGAUACAAAUAUUGAUGAGUUUAUAGAUAGAGCUAGUACAUACAAUGCCUAAAGACACUUUUACGCACAGCGUUUCGGGCAGCCAUUAUAAUUAUAUUGAUAUUCCCGUGAUUGUGUACCUUUCUUACUGUUUGUCAUCAUUAAUACAAUAAUAUUAUUACUUACACACAGAAAAUCACACUAACUUAAUAUACAUUAUUAAAAAAAUCCACUGGGCCUGUGAGGUGACAGGAACCCGCGACGAAGAUGUUGCCUGCCACAUACUCUAUCACUGAACCACCACUGACUUGCUAAAAGUUUUACAACUGGAUUUCUACUGAAAUCACAAGAAGUCUGGAGGCCCCUCCUGAAUUUGGGACCAGCCCCUGUAUAUAAGCAUACCUGCUAUAUCAAAUUUGUAUUCAGAAGCUCUUUUAUUAUUUGUAUAAAUAUAAUAUUAUAUA